UGAACACAUGUGUCGAUCAAAACAAACCAAUAAAAAAAAUAUACAAACAUUUGGUUUAAUAAUAAUAUUAUAAAUGAAUUGAAUGUCAAGUUAUUGACAAUUAAUAUCAACCGUCGGGUCAAACAACUCAUCGUUUUAACCAUAAAGACAACAACAACUACAACAAUAAUAACAUCGAUGUCUCCGACGACUGGCAACACCAACAACGGACCCACUCUUGCGGCUCAAGAAGUGAAUCACACUUUUCAGUUGUUUUCCGACGACGACUUGAGUCUUCAAAACUCGUUUGAUUAUCUUAACAAAAGUUGUCCGCAAUCGGUCCGCAAAGACAAAGUAUGUGUAGUGUCGGUGAUCGGCAAGUCGUGUCUGUCGGCCCACAACGUAAAGGCCUCACUCGUCGACCAAUCGAUCGGUCGAAAUGUUUUUCGCGGACUGUUUUGUCAAAUGAAGAAAAUCUUCGACCAAACGAACUGUCAAAUUGAUGGCUAUUAUGACGUCCGAAAUAAAGUCAUAUUUCUUCAUUUGACAUCUGCUUUGGAUUCACAGGCGUUGAUACAGAUAUGCAAAGGCAUUGAAAAAGAUAUUUACGAAAAGGGUUUCCUCCAGAUGUGGCCCGACUUACAGAUAAAUCUCUGUAAAGCACUUCUACUUCUGUUUCAUUUAAGUCAUGUCAUAGUUAUUGUGAAUCCUUCGCCACAUUUCGAUUUAAAUCAAAUAAAUUUAUUUCGCAUUUUGGACUCAACCCGACAAAAAUUACAGCCAAUUAUUAGCGAAACUCUUCAAUUGCUAUCAUUACCGGCCGAUUGGGUACAAUCGGGUCGUCUGUGUAGUCCGAGAGCACUGUUUGUGUUCGAGGCCUACAACAAGAAUCAAUUUAUGACAAAGGAAUGGCUUGAAAAUGCCGAACAACAACUUGAAGACCAAAUUUAUAGGAUAUUACGAAAGACACGACUUAUUACAAACAUAAGCGCCAACUCCUUGUUUGCAGUCGCUUCACAUCACGAAUAUGUUUUCAUUUCGACCAGAGAUCCAACAAUUCGCGAUUCGAGUCGGUAUCUUAUGGAACAGCUUAUCAAGUAUUGCAAUGUCGAAGAUAAGACAUCCAAUACAUCCAGUGAUGAUGAAAGUGAUGCCGAAGCCAAUUCAUUUUAUUCAUUUCUCUGGACACAUAUUGGAAUCGCUCAUUCAAAAGGUUUUGACGAUAACAUAGGUCGACACGCGGCGCCUCCUAUUUUUGAAUUGCCCACCGCUAAAGAGUUCUUUCAGGUGACACUCAAAUUAAAAGAACUAUUUUUUAAUCCCAAUUCGGAUAACAACAUGAGUUUGAAAACAAUUUUCAAUUCGUUGAACUCAUCGCUAGACAUCGAUACCCGUUUUUCGGAAACCCGAUGCACCAAAUUGUUGCCAAUAGCAAUGAGCACAUACCAGGACACAUUGCCGCCACACUAUACCCGUGACUUUCAUGAACACAAAUUGGCUCACGCCUUACAGCACUUUACAAUGCAGGCCAGAGGAUCGGCUGUUUAUGAUUAUUGUCAACAAUUGAAACUCGAGUGCGACAACUAUUGGAAAAAUGGACAUCAAAUGUGUGAAGUGCUCAGUCUGACCAAUAAUCACUGCAUUAAUCCAAUUCAUAGGCUUAAAGUUGAUGACUAUAGCGAUGAGACAAACGAGGCGGAGAUUGAAUCGGAUCAAAAGUUGCCACUUAUGAGACAUAUAAGUAGCGCUAAAAUAGUUAGUGCCUGUGAUUGUGGCCGAAGACAAGCCACAAGAGAGGAUCCAUUUACCGUAAAAGCGGCAAAUCAUGACUUCUUUGCAUUGAUAAAGAAUAAGUGCAGUUGUGGUCAUUUUGAGAGAAUCGUGUUUCCAGUGUUUGAACCGAGCAGUGACUAUAUAGAGCCGGCCCGUACUACUGUCAUACCACGAAGUCCUGUCCACUUAAAAGCUAUCAGUUCUCAGUUUGAAACAUCACUCACACCGGCAGAAAUGGCCUUUGAGUCUCAGCCCGACGCCGGCGUCUCUUCAUUUACCAAUUUAUCCCAACAGGAAACUGUUGAUCUAAAUACUGAUUUAUUAAAUGAAGAGUUUAAUAAAAUAAAUGUCAAAGAAGAUAAAGAAGAGGACAAAUUAGAUGUUGUGACCGAACAAUUGGAUUUGAAAAAUAAAUUGGAUCCACAACUAGAACUACGAUCGGAACAAUUAGUUAAAGAGUUGGUCGAUGACGACAAUGAUAACGAUGAUGAAGAAAAUUCACAAACUAAUAGCACUACUGACGAGGAAAGUGACGAAUAUUACGAAUCACCUGAUAAUGAAAACGAUAUUCAAUUGGUUAUCCGUGAAAGAGAUAGUCCACACAUGGGAUCACUUAUGCAUCAAUCGUCGACAACAGAAUAUUUGCCGGGAAUGUUGCAUACGAUGAGUCCGGCGGGUCUAUUGCCUCGCUAUAGUUCCUGGUCGUUGGUUUGUUUGGGCGCUUCCAGUCUCUACUCACAUAAUAUAGGCCUUCAAGAACAGCCUGGUUUUAUAAGCGGUGCAAACUUUCUGUUGCCAUGGGAUGUGACCGUAAAGCUGGAACAUGCAGGACAUAUGCCGCCUCUUUGGGAGGGGAAGAGACCGCCGGGCAUUAAAAAUAAGAAGUCGUUUAAAGACGGCACACAAUUCACUGUAAAGGUAUUCAUUGGGGUUGAGUACGAGUGCCAUCGCGGCCACCGUUUCAUCGCUUCUGGACCUGACUCUGUGCUCAAAACAAAUAUGGGUAUCGUUAAGGAGUCGGCCAAUCGCGUCGCCAGCAAUGAUAUGCCACUGUAUAUGCCCUGUGUCUGCAACCGACAGGGAAAGCCCUCCGUAUUGGCGCAAUUAAUGCGAAUACAUGUGGUCACACCUAAAGCGCCGGUAAACGUAACAUUGAACCCCCGUGUGCAACCGGCGCCCAUGCCCUGUCCCAUAUUCUAUGCGGGCAACACUGAACCCAUCCGACUAUCUCAGUCUACAUAUUGGGUCUUAAGGCUGCCAAUGAUAUAUGAGGCCGACUGUGGCCCGUAUCCCAUACCCAAAGAGCAAUUGCCUCUCGAGUCGAGUCGCCUACUGAAGGGAACGUAUGGUAUAGCAGACUAUAUAUCAAAGCCAAAGUCAAGCCAUUAAAAGUGAUUGAAUAAUGUAAUAAAAUUAAUUUGUAUGCACUUUGUAUAUCAUUUCAUAAAUUAAUUGU